AUGGUUUUUCUUCCAGAAAAAGCAGUUUUAAUUCAGAUAGUGCCCUUUGCAUUGGACUCCGCGGCUAGGUUUUACUAUGAAGAACCAACAAAAGGUAUGAAUUUGAGGUAUUUAGAGUACAAGGUGAGUCUGAAUGAGAGCUCUCUAUUUGGGAAAUACCCAAUCGACAGCGACAUUUACAAAAAUCCCGAUGCUAUGCGUAAUAAGGGAUGGCUUGUUUUUAAGUCAAUUUAUAUGGAUAAUCAAGAUGUGAAUGUUGAUUUAGAUAGGUUUAGAAUAACCUUGUUGAAAGCCUUGGAGCUUUAUGUUGCAGGUCCGACGUUUCUAAUAUGGUUUGGAACGACGCCACGUAUCACGAUAUCCGAUCCGAAUCUCAUCAAAGAAAUAUUCUUCUCAAAAUCGGAGUUUUUCGAGAAAAACGAGUCUCCGAUACUUAUAAAAAAAAUCGAAGGUGACGGUUUGUUGAAUCUCAAAGGUGAAAUAUGGGCUCACCACAGAAGUAUUAUUCAGCCUCUUUUUCACGCUGAAAAUCUCAAGCUAAUGAUACCCAUGAUGGCAAAAAGCAUGGGAGAAGAAGUAAUGAAAUUGUCGGAAGAAAUAUCGAAUCAUGAUGGCAAUUUUGUAAUUGAUGCAUCAAAUUGGUUCCAAAAUUUAGUGGAAGAUGUUAUUACAAGAGCAAUUUUUGGAAGCUUCUAUGAAGAAGGGCGGCCCAUUUUAAAGCUACAGGCCCAACAGGUGGCCCAUGCCACCGAAGCUUAUCACAAAUCAUUCAUCCCGGGCUAUAGGUUUUUGCCAACUAAAAAGAACAGAAUUUCUCGGAGAUUAAACAAGGAAAUUCGGAAAUCGUUGUUGAAUCUCAUCGGCCGUCGCCGGAGGACGAUGACAAAUUCGAGUUCUCCGGCGGUCUGCGGCGAACUUCCGAACGAUUUAUUGGAAAUCAUGAUCAAGGCCGUAGACGAAUCGGCGGCAAAUUCAAACCACUUGCUAGCCAUAACAGAAAACGACAUCGUAGAAGAGUGCAAGACAAUCUUUUUCGCCGGAAAACACACUACGUCGAAUCUGCUGACGUGGACGGUUGUCCUGCUGGCCAUGCAUCCUCGGUGGCAAGACGACGUGCGUGAGGAGGUCUUGCGAGUGUGCGAAUCACGUGACUCGCCUACUAAAGACGAUCUCGCAAAGCUCAAAACGUUGGGAAUGAUUCUAAACGAAGCGCUGAGAUUGUACCCACCGGCAGUCGCAAUAAUCAGGCGAGCAAAGGUGAAUGUUCGAUUAGGUGGGCUCCACAUUCCGCAAGGUACGGAACUCCUAAUACCAAUCCUAGCCGUCCAUCACGAUCCGACACUUUGGUCGAGCGACGCACGUGAAUUUAAUCCAUCGAGAUUCGGUGGAGGUGUGGCUCAAGCCGCGAAGCAUCCCAUGGCUUUCAUGCCCUUCGGCUUAGGGGCCCGCCGAUGCAUCGGCCAGAACCUAGCUGUUUUACAAGCCAAAUUAGCCAUGGCUAUGAUUCUUCGGCGCUUCUCUUUUGAGCUUGCGCCGGACUAUAAACACGCGCCCUCGGUGCUUAUGCUUUUGCACCCGCAACACGGUGCACCUAUUGUGGUUCGGAAUUUAUAG